AUGGCGCAAAGUAUUAAGAAAAUAAAAAACAUCUUUUUUAAAGAAGGUGGAACACCUGUGACGACGCCAGUAAAAACGCCUAUUCACAAAGGAACAUGUUUUGCUACAUCUAUGCUUUCUGAGCAAAGACAGGAUUACUUGCAUCGUCUAUGUAUUUGUGUAUGAUAUUUACUAGUCCUAUAUGGGGAUACAUUUGUGAUAACUGGGGAAGAAAACUUUCAGUAUAUUUGUGCGCUGGUGGUCUUGCUCUAACUACUCUUUUGUUUGGGUUCAGCUUCACCUACACAUGGGCUGUUUUUUCAAGAGCAUUGCAAGGCGUAUUUCUAGGUUUAUUAGGCAUAGCAAAAGCUAUAAUAACAGAUAUGUCAGAUGACUCAAAUCUUGGAGUUGGAAUGUCGCUUGUAUUUGCAUCAUUUAGCCUGGGGUUAAUUAUUGGUCCAAGCAUGGCUGGAUUUCUUGCGUUUCCUGCUGAGAAGUAUCCACAUUUAUUUCAAAAAGCUGCAAGAUGAACAUCUGAUAAAACUAAUAUGGAAAUCAAUAAAAUGGGUAUAUUAAACUAUUUCCAUACCUUCAACACUAAAGAUGACAAGAAUUUGGAAGGAUAAGAGUUUUAAAAAAAAGUGCUAUUUUUAAGAAUCACGUUGUAUUGCAUUCUGAUUUAAUACAG